AUAACUUCGUCGUUCAAGUUUCAACUCCGAUUUGUGAAAGUUUAAUCAUGUUAUCUCUUCCUCGAUCCUCGAUCCUCGAUCCGUGCCUACACCCACCUCGAAUGCACUACUUACUCGUCGAUAAGUAUUAAUCCAUACUUUGUUCUAUGAGCUAGAAUGCUAUCACAGAACAAUCAUUCGUAAUCACUGUCGUCAAGAGUAUUUCCAAUGGGACUCUUCAGCUGCUCAGACGAUGCAUGUAUGGCCCCGAGCCUUGUCGCGCCCUCGGCGACGUCAAUGACAUUUUCAUUAGCACCUUUCGUAAUCACCUUUGUGGUCGUCUCUAUCCUGGUCUCCCAAAAGAUAUUUCCCUAUCUGGCCCGUAUCCAAAAUUCUCGCGAUGGCGAAGACCAUUUCCUCCCUUCCGAUGCGCCCCCAUCACUCCAGCAAGCGCAUGCCGAGCAUGGUUCUAAAUCUCUGCGAAGGCGAAUAGCUGAAGCCGCUUUUUCUACGACGGUUGGGUUAGCGGUUGUAUUGGGCGAAUUGAUUUUAUGCGAGAUCUCUGAAUUAAUCAACCCUUAUGCCCGAGCGCUGGCUUUGCGAGUCACUGUUCCCACUCUCUUGUUCCUCCUCGUCGUACUCAUACCAUUCCUCGAACUUCAGUCUCUUGUAGCUGGAUCGGGAUGGUCGUUUCAACGCACUUCUAAAGGUCGAAUACCUCGGGCUGCUUGGAUACUUCAAUUUGUUAUGUUUAGUGUCUGGCUAUGCGCGUUCUGGUCGUUAGGAAAUCUCGUACCGGUAGGAAGUGAGGCAGUGCGCCCGAGCGCUAAGAUGGAGAUGGCCCGGGCCGAGCCCGCCUUUUCAGGCAGUCUAGCACGUGCCUGUCUUGAGCGAAUUGGAGUCAUCGGCAUUUCACUUAUGGCUUUAUUAUCUGGAUUCGCCUCGGUCUCUUCACCGUGGCACACAUUUGGCAGCCGUGCAAGGCGUCCCGUGACGGACGCCGAUGUCUCCCGGAAACAAGCGGGUCUUGAUGCUACGAAUGAGAUGCUCAUAACUAAACGACACCGCUUGCAGAGCCUACUGCGUAAGGCAGCUGAGAACCCAUCGGCUGAGAAGCGCGGGUUCGUCACUAAGGUCAUCGGUUCCAUCCGUGGGGGCGGUGAUGCAGCAGAGAUCCGCACACUACGUCUCGAGAUCGCGGGUUUGGAAGCUAUGGAAGCAAAUCUAUCGUCCUCUCUCUCUAUGCUUCGCUCUCGACAGGCCAAUUCGGCUCGUGCUGCAACUUUCUCGGGGAAAUUACUUUCGAUACCUACUUAUGUAUUCAGCGUAUACUGCGUUUAUCGUAUCAUAGCGACUACCCUGACUACUCUACGGCGGCUGUAUUAUCCCACUGCCUCGUUUUCUUCCUCAGAUCCCAUUAAUCGAUUCCUGGGCCUCUUAGCGAAACAUUGGGACCCGAAGCUUGACCAGAUUGCUUGGGCUAGACAGAUAUCAUUCUUACUAUCCGGCGUCAUCCUCGCCGCGAGCGCCAACAGUGCGCUCCAAACAUUCCAUCUCUUCGCCAAGUGGACUCCUGGACUCUUAUACCAGGCCCAAGCCAAUCUAGCUCUGUUGAUUGGGCAGAUUAGCGCUAUAUACGUGAUCUCUGCCGCUCUACUCUUGCGAAGUAAUCUUCCCAAAGAGGUAGGCAGCGCCGUCGGUGACGCGCUUGAAAGUGCCUUGGAGCCGGGUUUCGUGGAUAGAUGGUUUGAGGGCUGGUUCCUUCUAGCAAGCGUAGUAACAGCCGGAGGAAUCUGGCUAGGUGGAAAGAUUGGCGAAUGGAGUGAGGAAUGGGAUGAUAUCGGCAUGGAAGAGAUGGGCCAGAAACAAUCAUAAUGAUAUCACGCACCUUUAUUAAUUCACAUAUUCUUUUCAGCACCCACUUGUGGUCGACUAUGCCACUGCGCCAGACAAGUGAUAGCUGCUUUCAACAAUAUCCUCUCUCUAAACUUUAUUCAACACGAGCGUACACUUCGCUGGGAAAGAGCAGGCGCAGUUCAAUGGUAGAGAUAUAAAUCAUAUAUUCUCCUUGCACUAUCUACAUCGUCUAGACCACUUCCUACCUCACUAUUCACCUAUCUUAGCUUAUACCAAGCUUAUUCAGCCUAUCCAAAAUUUGUUAUCCGUCGUAGAAGGGAAACUGAUUUUGAGUGCACGACGGCUACUUUGGUACUACACUUCAUCUGGACUAUCUGACGAGACAUCGAUCACGUCGGGCUCGAUUUCUGCUCCAUACUGAAUUAAUAGCUGUUCUAUCCGCUUCUUGGCCUUGCUAUUUAGGCCCUCUGAUCCAUCGUUGUCUGGUCCUGGCAGCGUUUUACGACAGAUCUCAAGAGGAUGUAAGCUGUACCAAGGAUCUCUGUCCUUAGGGUCUCUGUCCUUAGGAUCUCUGUCC